AUAAAUAUUUAUUUUAUUAUUAGAACGUAAGAUAAAAGUUCUAUAUUUUUCACAAUGUCAACAUGUGAAUAUGGAAUCUGUUUAUAUUGACGUGUGCAUUGCUAAAAGAAUGGUUUCACAUCAUGUUUGAUGGCUUCUUAUUUGUUAUUCAUUUUUUUUUGUUGCUUUAUGACAGAUUAAUGGUUUGGGAUAUAUGUUUGUUCAAAUAUUAUAGCUUGUUUGAAUAUGUGAUCGUUGCAAGAAGUAAAAUAAUUAGCAUGGUAAGAGUAAAAUAUUGGUAAGGUAGCGAGAUGAGUCAAGAACUAAUUUAAGACUCGUAGAAAUAAGUAAAAAAAAUUAUGAUAAAAAUAUAAAAAAUAAUUGAAAUACUUUAAAACACUAGAAAAACUUUAGAUGUACUUUAAAUAUUAGUCUAUGUGUUCAUACCCGAACCUUGGAUUAAUAUGCUUAAGUAAUAAAAGGGUCAUGUGCGCAUUCUCACGUCUCGUUGCCUUCAAAUUUAAAAUAAUUAUGUUUUAAUCAUGUGUACAUUCUGUACCUUGGUUUAACAUCUAACUUCAAAGAAAUACCUUGUAUGUGUAUCACAUCUGGGUCCAAACAAUUAAUAAAAAUAUAAUAAUUUAAGUGAAAUGGUAAUAGACAACCAUAAUCAAUAAAAUACAAGAAUAGCUAAAAAUUGAUUUAAGCAUUACAUUAGUCAAUAACGCGACCGUGCUAGAACCACGGGACUCGAGGGAUGUCUUACACUUUUCCCUCGAUUAAUAGAAUUUCUUACUCAGUCUUCUAUUUUCGUAGGCCAUAAGUUAUGAGUCAAACCUUCCUUAUGAUAAGAGAUUCAAAUAAAAGUUGACUUGAAACACCAAAAUCCAAUUCCAAGUGGCGAUUCUAAUUAAUUAAUAAUCCCUUUUCAAAACGUCACUUUAAUUGAAAAAACUCUUCUAACUCAACCUCAUAAUAGGGUUGUGUGGCAAAAAAAGGUGUGACGAUGGCUAAAACUAGGAGACUCGAAUAGUUCAUAUUCCUUUGCCAGUAUGAAAAGUAGGAGAGCUCAAAAUGGUAUACACAGUCUACUAAAUACAACGGGGUGUAUACUACAGAGUAAGACAGACAUUAAAGAUGAAAUCUUGAGCUUUUAUAAACAGUUACUGGGAACUUCAGCGGAUCAAGUAACGAUAAUUAAUCCUCAAGUAAUGAAAGAAGGGGGAUUGCUUAACAGGGAACGACAGAUGUCAUUGACACUAAUGGAUAUUGAUGAUUCCAAGGCACCUGGUUGUGAUGGUUUGAACGCGCUAUCUUUCAAAAGAACGUGCUCAUAAUUGGGAAUGAUGUUACUUGUGCAGUUCUGGAUGUCUUUUCCUCAGAUCACCGUUUCUGCUUCUCCUUCACCCAACACCAGUGAACAUUUCCCCUCCUAUUUUACAAAGAAUUUCUCCAUAGACGCUCUCUAUCUCUCUCAUUUGCAGAACCCAUUGGCGGAUUUGAAAAAAUACAAGUUGUGAGAUUGGAAGGAAAAUGGGGUUCUUGGUAACAACUCUAAUUUUUAUUGUGGUUGGAGUUAUUGCAUGUUUCUGCGCUGGAAUCUGCUGCAAUAGAGGGCCUUCCACUAAUCUGUUACACCUGACAUUGAUUAUAACUGCUACAGUAUGCUGUUGGAUGAUGUGGGCGAUUGUGUAUCUUGCACAGUUGAAACCACUCAUCGUACCAAUCUUGAGCGAAGGAGAAUGAGAUGCUUAUGGAAUCCAGCAGCCAUCCAUUAUUAAAGGAGGAUUGAUGAGGGGAAGAAGUAUUUUGAGGCAUGUAGUAGCUGAAGAUACUGUUGUAUCAAAAUUUCUGUGUAUUUGUAGUUGGUGGAAGUAAUUUUCAUUCGUAUUGUAGAUUCAUAACAUGUUUUCUAGUUCGAAAUCCUUUUGUGGAUGUUUCUCUGAGCUUUGGACUAAAGGCAAAAAUAACAGAUGGAUGAUGUAACUAGGAGUUUUUACCCUCUGCCGCUGUAAUAAAAUCAUUUUCCAUCUGCAUUA